GAGCCACCGUCUACCCAGGUGCUAAUCUGGCAAUUAGUUUCGUGUUAUUUCUGACCUACAUGCCGUGGAUUCCUAAAUUUUACAUGCCGGAGAAGACUAUAUUUCAAGGGUUAAGAUUUUAAAUCGUGUUACCACAAGUUACCGGACAAAUAAAUACUUAUUAAUUACAAACACCAACCAAAGGGUCCAUCUUUCACGUGUAAAACAAUAUUUAGUAUUAAGAGUUUUCACAAGUGGCGGCUCAGUGGGAAGAAACUGAUACCGAUAAAGCACCUAGAAAACCGUAACCUCUGAAGGCAGACGCUUUGCGGUUGGUUUCAACAUUUAACCGCAACAAGAUGCCAGCGUGGAAGAAGCAGGGCGCCGACAAGACACAAAACACGAGAACCGAACCACCCCCUCACUUCCGGAGUGUAACGGCGCAGCGGAUAUACAUCAGCGCUGGGAGGCGGGACUUCCGCCCUGCGUGACGCAUUAAACGGAAGCCGGGAGGCCAUAUUUCGCGUGUGUUUACGGCCUCCCUGGAGGAGACAGGGGUUGCCUCAGGGACGUCUUUUGGCUGUUUAUCUCGCCUGAGCUGUCCCCUCACCCUGGUCGUCUGUUAGGAGUGCAGAAGUUUGGGCCAAAGCGCUGGGCGAGACGAGGACCUGCUCCUCUGUGCCUCCGACUUUCUCUGGGCCCGUCUUUCUUCCGCGAGGCCGUGUCAGGUUCUGGGAAGUGCGGUUUUCGCCGGGGCCUGUUUUCCCUGGAAAGCUGUGCGCUCUUGCUUGUUUUCCGUCUUCUCCGGGUGGGAGCUGGGAGAGCUCUUCUCGGGGUCCGGGGCGGUGGUGCAGCCCCUUGUGGAAGACUUGGAGUGAAAGGUCUCCCGCGUUCCCGCCCUCGAGACACGCUCUUAGGGCACACCUCGCUCAUGGGAGUCCAGGGGCUCUGGAAGCUGCUGGAGUGCUCCGGGCGGCAGGUCAACCCGGAGACGCUGGAGGGGAAGGUCCUUGCCGUGGAUAUUAGCAUUUGGUUAAACCAAGCACUUAAAGGCGUACGGGAUCGCCAUGGGAACUCAAUAGAAAAUGCUCAUCUUCUUACUUUGUUCCAUCGCCUCUGCAAACUCUUAUUUUUUCGAAUUCGUCCUAUUUUUGUGUUUGAUGGGGAUGCGCCACUAUUGAAGAAACAGACUCUGGCUAAAAGAAGGCAGAGAAAGGACUUGGCAACCAAUGACUCCAAAAAAACUACCGAGAAGCUUUUGAAAACAUUUUUAAAAAGACAGGUUAUCAAAACUGCCUUAAAAAGCAAAAGGGAGGAAGCACUUCCCAGUCUUACUCAAGUUCAAAGAGAAGAUGACAUCUAUGUUUUGCCACCUUUACAAGAGGCAGAGAAAGAUAGUUCAGAAGAGGAGGAUGAAAAAGAAUGGCAAGAGAGAAUGAAUCAGAAACAAGCACUACAGGAGGAGUUCUUUCAGAAUCCUCAUGCAGUAGAUAUUGAGUCUGAGGACUUUAGCAGCCUGCCCCCUGAAAUAAGGCAUGAAAUCUUGACUGAUAUGAAAGAAUUUACCAAGCGAAGAAGAACAUUAUUUGAAGCAAUGCCAGAGGAGUCCAAUGACUUUUCACAGUACCAGCUCAAAGGCUUGCUUAAAAAAAACUAUCUAAACCAACACAUAGAAAAUGUCCAAAAGGAAAUGAAUCAACAACAUUCAGGACAAAUCCAAAGGCAAUAUGAAGAUGAAGGAGGCUUUUUGAAGGAGGUAGAGUCAAGGAGGGUGGUCUCUGAAGAUACUUCACAUUACAUCUUGAUUAAAGGUAUUCAAGCUAAGAAAGUUGCAGAAGUGGAUUCAGAGUCUCUUCCUUCAUGCAGUGAAAUGCACAGCAGGUCUUCUGACAUGAAGUCAUCUGUGUGUGAAAAGCUGGAGCCAAAGGAAGAGCCUGACGCCUCCCCUCCUUCCCCGAGAACCUUACUGGCUGUGCAGGCGGCCCUGCUGGGCGGCAGCUCAGAAGAUGAGCUGGAGAGUGAGACCUGCAGGCUGCAGCACGUGAGGCGCGCGCCCGCCACCGCACAUGCGGGUUCUGUGUCACCGCUGACUCUCUUGGCCAUUCAGAGAGCUCUCGAUGACGAUGAUGAAGACGUGAAAGUGUGUGCCAGGAGCGACGUGCGGACAGGAGGGGCAGGCGUGAGAAAACCGAAACCGCUCCAGAGCAGUUCUGAUGAGGAGACUGAGGAAGGACCUAAAAUGAGAAAUGGGGAAGGAGUGCCAUUGGCAGCAGCGUCCCACGCAGCCAGUGUGAACCUCGCAGAGGAGCCUGUAACCAGCGCUGAUGCCGAAAAAGAGCGGACAGAAUCGGCUCACUUACCGAGGACUGUCUUUUGUCAAGGCAGCGACUCUAGCCUUCCAAAAGAGCAGAUGUCGUUUAUUUCCCCUGUGAAGGAAGCCUUUCAGACAAGCGAUGAGAUUGCAGUUAAGGAUGGAAAAGAUCCAGUUCCUUUGGAAAACACUGUGGUGCUACCCAGGGAUGCACCUGGGCUCCAGAGCGGACCAGAGCAGACACCGACACCUCCGACAAGUCCAAGUUCCGUAUCAAGGAGUGGAACGUAUACCAAAGUGCUUGAGCUACAGCAAGGUCUUCUUCCACCUGAGAGUAAAUAUGACAUCUCUGUUCUUUCAAGUGAUGAUGAAACAGAAUCUGAAAAAAACCCUGCUCCUGAAGGCACCGUCAGUUUGCAAGAAUCGAGUGAUACGCUAAGUGUCCCUUUAGAGACAGCAAGUGACUUAGGAAAUAUGGCAUCUGUUAAUGCCAAAGAGCAUGAGAAUUUCUUGAAAACCACCCAAGAGCAUGAGACCAUUGAAUCUGCAGGCCAGGGUUUAAUUUCAGUCCCAGCGUCCAUGGAACCAACGGAAAUAGACUCUGAAGAAAGUGAGUCUGACGGAAGUUUCAUUGAAGUGCAGAGUAUAAAUAGCAGUGAUGAACUUCAAGCUGAGUUACACGAAGCUUCCAGACCUCCCUCUGGACAAGGUGAAGAGGAACCAGUAGGAACUGAGACGCAAGAAGCCACAGGUGACUCCCAGGGCCUCCCGAGAGACAACUCUGAGAGGGAGGCUGUGGACAUUGAACCACCUGAAGAAACUGAAAAAGAUGCAGACGAUUUGCUCAACGAAUGGCAAGAUGUUGACCUGGAGGAGCUGGAGACGCUGGAGAGCAACCUUUUAACACAGCAGAAGUCACUGAAAGCUCAAAAACAGCAGCAAGAACGGGUCGCCGCUACUGUGACAGGACAGAUGUUCCAGGAAAGCCAGGAACUUCUUCGCCUGUUCGGCAUCCCCUACAUCGAGGCUCCCAUGGAAGCAGAAGCUCAGUGCGCCAUCCUGGAUCUGACUGAUCAAACUUCCGGAACGAUCACUGAUGACAGUGACAUUUGGCUGUUCGGAGCACGGCAUGUCUAUAAAAACUUUUUUAAUAAAAACAAGUUUGUAGAAUAUUACCAGUAUGUGGACUUUCACAACCAAUUAGGAUUGGACCGGAACAAAUUAAUAAAUUUGGCCUAUUUGCUUGGAAGUGAUUAUACGGAAGGAAUACCAACUGUAGGUUGUGUUACAGCCAUGGAAAUUCUCAAUGAAUUCCCUGGACAUGGCCUGGAACCUCUCCUAAGAUUCUCCGAGUGGUGGCAUGGAGCUCAAAAGAAUAAGAAGAUAAGACCUAAUCCUUAUGACACCAAAGUGAAAAAAAAGUUACGCAAGUUGCAGCUCAUGCCUGGCUUCCCUAACCCGGCCGUGGCAGACGCUUACCUCAAGCCUGUGGUGGAUGAGUCCAAGGGUUCGUUUCUGUGGGGCAAACCCGAUCUCGACAAGAUUAGAGAAUUUUGUCAGCGGUAUUUUGGCUGGAACAGGACGAAGACAGAUGAAUCUCUGUUUCCUGUAUUAAAGCAACUGAAUGUCCAGCAGACAUAGUGCAAUUUAUUGUAAAUAAAGCCCCCAUUCACUGGUUAAGGUAAGUUUUUUUUCUGUGUAUUGCAUGGCCUUCAUUGUUUCAGAUGGCCAGAUUACAUUUUGUCAGAGAGAUUUAACUUGGUUCACUUCACUUAGUAGACCUUGAAUUUUCAGGUUUUUGUGUGUAAUGCUGUGAUAAACAUCAGGCAUGUAACUUUUCUCAAAUGUAACUUUUUUUUUUUUUUUUUUGAGGCAAACCAAUUUCAGGAAAUUUAUUUCCCAGUAGUAACAAAGAUUUCAUAAGUUGACUAAAAUUUAUUAAUGAAGAUUCAAUAGAUAAAAAUAAAUAAAAUAUAAUUAAAAUAGAGUAUAGGAAAUAAUUCACGUUAAUUUAAAGACAAAUACAUGCUUAUUCAAUAUGUGUUUCAAAUUUGAUAUUUAUUACUUUUCAUCCCCUCAUCCUCACCAAAUUUUGAAUAUAAUUCCCAGAAAUGCAGGGCUUUGGUCUGUUUUAUAUACCAUCUGGUAUUUGGAAAACACUCAGUAUUUUUUGAAUGAUAGUUCUUAUUUUAAGCAUCACACCCUAAAUGUAAUACUGACAAAUAAAAUACAUAAUUUACCCAAUGUUUUUCCCUGUUAACAUAUUACGAAACCUUCUAUUAAUAAAUUGUCACUUGGUGAUAUGUUCAAGAGCGGAACUGUGCACUAUAGACAUUGCUGUGGAAAGUUCUAAGUAUAUAUUACACAACCAUUUUCUAAGUCUAUAUUAUCCUACCAUGUUCUAAGUCUAUAUUAUGCAACUAUUUACUGUCUAGUGUCCUAAUUCUCCCAGAAAUGGUCUUUAUUUGAAUUUCUGCUGAGCCGUCCCUGAAGCAGUACAUCAGCAUAUCAUUUAGUCUUUAUUUGACAAAGACACACUAUUUCUUACUUUUAAAAAAGUUAAGCAUCAUUUAUUAUACACCUGCAUGGCACUAGUUUUAUGGUGUUUUACAUGUCUCAAAUUAUUAAGUAACACAAACAACUAUGAAAUUAUUCUACAAAAAGUGGGAGUUUUUGGUGAGUCAUCAUUUCUAGUUGCGUGGCUAUAUCAUUUAGAUCCUCCUCACCAUUAUUUAUUUUUUAUCCACUUAUUGUUUCGUGGGCUUACAUUGUGAAGUAGGAUUA